GCUCUCGAGUUCUCGCGGUAUUUCGGGCCCUCUCGCGGGAGUAUCGUUGUGAAGGGCUGCAGCAGAGCUACAGGAUCCACCGGCAGAAUGGCGUUCACAUGUGACCAGUGUGGGAAGAAGUGGACCAACGCUUCAGCUCUCAAAAUACACUACAGAAUUCACACAGGAGAAAGACCAUACAGCUGUGACCAGUGUGGGAAAGAGUUUAAACAGUUUAGUGCACUCAAACAACACAUGAGAAUCCACACUGGAGAGAAACCAUUUGAAUGUGACCAGUGUGGGAAGGAAUUUAAACGGUCUGAUGCACUCAAACAACAUAUGAGAAUUCACACAGGAGAGAGGCCGUUUGAAUGUGACCAGUGUGGGAAGGAAUUUAGACAGUCCGCUACACUUAAAGAACAUAUGAGAAUCCACACAGGAGAGAGACCUUUUGAAUGUGACCAGUGUGGGAAGGAAUUUAAACAGUCUGGUGAACUCAAACGACACAUGAGAAUACACACUGGAGAGAAACCAUUUGAAUGUGACCAGUGUGGGAAAAAAUUUAGUCAUUCUGGUGUACUCAAACAACACAUGAGAAUCCACACUGGAGAGAAACCAUUUGAAUGUGACCAGUGUGGGAAACAAUUUAAAAACUCUAGUCACCUCCAUCGACAUAGAAGAAUCCACAGUGGGGAAAAAUCAUACAUAUGUGUCCAAUGUGGGAAAGCGUUUUCUGAUUCAUCCGGUCUCAAUGAACACAUGAGAGUUCACACCUGGCACAGACUAUAUGAGUGUGACCAGUGUGAAAAGAUUUUUAGAACAUCACAGCAGCUCUCCAGUCACUACCGAACUCACAAAGGGGACAAACCAUAUGACUCUGACGAGGGGGAAGGCUUUAAGACCUAUGAGGAACCAUCUGAAACAUCUCCAAAUCUUCCAGACGGACACACUAAUGGAGACAGAGUUGCUGAGGCUGGAUCAUGUGAGCCUAAAGUCAGACUCAAAAAGCUCCAGAUCAGACUUCAGAGACUCCAGACUGUGGAGCUCAACUCUGUUUAGAGUCAAUAUAUCAUUUUUGGACUUGUACUCUUUAAAAGUUUUUAAACUGUGAUAAAAAUAUUAAGUGAAAGGUAAAAUAAAGUGUUUUGGA